AUGCAUUCCCCAUCUCAUCUGCAGGUCGACGAAAACGUCCAGACAGGGGCAGCAGGGGGAGCUGGCGAGCGGGGGUGCACGAGCGUUCAGAGGCUGCUCACUGACAGAUGGACAACACACGACACGAGGUUGGGGGAGAGGGGAAGAAAAAGUGAAAAGCAAAUGGAAUUGUGGCACUACUGGUCGCCGUCGCUGUGCAGGCGGGUGUGCAUCAUGCAGAUGCAGGUGUGCUGGACGUGCUUUGUGGGACGCGAUGCAAGCCGGCGGCCUUGGAAGGAGACGAUCGAUGUCAGCCAGCGGGGAGAGGAGAAAGAGGACGACGAAGAGGAUGUGGGAGAGUGGGAGAGCGUGGGCGACGGCGUGGGAGACAGCCGGAGAAUAUUACUUUAUUUCGUUCUCGUGGAAACAAUGCAAAGUUGCGUCUUCUCGGCCUCGUUGUCGCACGGCGAAGACUCGUGA